ACUCGGUUACGACUGACGCGAACAAGAUACCUGAUGGUGGGCCCCGAAGGACAAUCUGAGAACGUUUUCCUCAACAUUACAAAUCGGUCUGUACGGUCACGAGCGUGUUUUCUUUGGCAUCCUGUUUCAGCUGGCUGUGACGUUCUCUGUCGGGCGGGGUUAAUAAUACAACCCGCAAAGAAAGAAAGAAAGAAAGAGGUUUCAGAAGAGCAUAUGAGAUGAGACCGCAGUAGCAAUUCAGUCUGUCGCAGUCAAGCAUGCAGACUGCAGACAAUUUGCAACUUUUGUCUGAUAAAAAAGUUUUUUAAAACAUAUUCUAUUAUAAAAUUCCGACUUUAUUUAAAUACAGAAUCUACUACAAAGGUACGUUUGAGCCUUAUAACUUAAAUUAAGAAUGACUUUCGUGCGUUAAGGAAAUUACAUAAAUUUCAACUCCUUUUAAAAUAUAUUUUUGUUCAAGUCCUCAAGCAGCGAAAUACUUGUUUCAAAGCAAGGACAGGACCAGGAAUUAGAAUAUACACCGAAACAAAAGAGAACGCCCACAAUCUGAAUGUCUUUACUUUAGCAUCUUAAAAAAGCGUGCAUUCUUACAAGCCAUGGCAAUGAACGCACUAACCGGGCUUUCAAUGGUGAGUUUACUGAGCCUUGGCUACAUGUCCUGGGACUGGGUGAAGCCAGAUCAGAUGGAGAACGAGCCUUUCUCAGACUUCAAAGGCAAGAAACCCGAGUUCAAGCCCAGGCAGCCGCCGCAUAUUAUAUUCUUUCUGACGGAUGACCAAGGAUUUCACGACAUCGGGUACCACAGCUCGGACAUACGAACGCCCACGCUGGACAAGCUUGCCGCCGAGGGCGUCAAGUUGGAGAACUAUUACGUGCAGCCCAUAUGCACGCCGUCACGCAGUCAGCUGAUCACAGGCAGGUAUCAGAUCCACACGGGUCUACAGCACUCCAUAAUCCGCCCCCUGCAGCCCAACUGCCUGCCCCUGGACAUGGUGACCCUGCCGCAGAAGCUCCGGGAGGCGGGCUACGCCACCCACAUGGUGGGCAAGUGGCACCUGGGCUUCUACAAGCGGGCGUGCCUGCCGACGCGCCGCGGGUUCGACACCUUCUUCGGCUCCCUGACGGGCAGCGUGGACUACUACACCUACGACUCGUGCGACGGGCCGGGCAUGUGCGGCUACGACCUGCACGAGGGGGAGGGCGUGGCCUGGGGCAGGGGGGGCAAGUACUCCACCCACCUCUACACCCAGCGGGUGCGCAAGAUCCUGGCCGCCCACGACCCCCACCGGCCCGUCUUCAUCUUUCUGUCCUUCCAGGCGGUGCACACGCCCCUGCGGCCGCCCAAGGGCUACAUCUACCCCUACCGGGGCAUCGGGAACGUGGGCAGGCGGAAGUACUCCGCCAUGGUGUCCAUCGUGGACGAGGCAGUACGCAACGUCACCUACGCCCUCCGCAAGUACGGCUACUACCAGAACAGCGUCAUCGUCUUCUCCACCGACAACGGCGGCCAGCCCUUCUCGGGGGGCAGCAACUGGCCACUGAGGGGGCGUAAGGGGACGUACUGGGAGGGGGGGGUCCGCGGCCUGGGGUUCGUCCACAGCCCCCUUCUCCGGCGGCGGCGGAGGGUCAGCCGAGCGCUGGUGCACAUCACGGACUGGUACCCCACGCUGGUGGCGCUGGCGGGGGGCAACGUCUCGCGGGCGGACGGGCUGGACGGGUACGACGUCUGGCCGGCCCUCAGCGAGGGCAGGGAGUCGCCGCGGCGGGAGAUCCUGCACAACAUCGACCCGCUCCACGUCCGCGCCAACCUCGGGUCCUGGCGGGACGGCUUCGGCAUCUGGGACACGGCGGUCCAGGCCGCCAUCCGCGUGGGCGACUGGAAGCUGCUGACGGGCGACCCGGGGCACGGCGACUGGGUCCCGCCGCAGACGCUGGCCAACUUCCCGGGGAACUGGUGGAACCUGGAGCGCGGCGCGGGGCCCCGGAACUCGGUGUGGCUCUUCAACGUGACGGGCGACCCGUACGAGCGCCACGACCUCUCUCGCCAGCGGCCGGACGUGGUGAAGGAGCUGCUGGCGCGGCUGGCCCACCACAACCGCACCGCCGUGGCCGUGCGCUACCCAGACGCGGACCCCCGGGCCAGCCCCGACCUCAACGGGGGGGCGUGGGGGCCCUGGGCGGGGGACGAGGACGAGGAGAGGGAAGGCAACAAUUUUGGCGGGGCUCCACGCAGAAAGAACUGGAGCAAGAGCAAGAAUAAAAAGAACAUAAAGAAGAAAAAGAAAUGCAAAAUUUGCAAACUGAGAUCCUUCUUCAGAAAGCUGAACACCAGGAUUAUGUCCAACAGGAUAUAAGGGGAAAAUGGUAUCACCACAGUGAUGCAUUCACUGAGCCGGAAAAUGUGCACAUUUAUUUGAAAACUUUGAAGGGGAACACUUGCCGGCGUUUACUUAAUAUUAUGUCUUUCCAGCAUUCGUUUUUUUGCAUAACAGAUUGCCACACCAGAUGUUUUUUUGCUGGGUUUUUUUAUCUCACUAUCUGGUGUUUCAGUCACGAUAUCUUCCUUUUAUUGAUGUUCUUUUCACCUUUCUUCUGUGUUUGUGUCCCACUAUAUUUCGGUUUUGAACCACUCACAUUUGAUUUAGAGAUCCAUCUUCCUAUUGUGGUGUUCCUUGACUUUUGGCUUCAGAGCACUAGACGCUGAACUCUGCAGGAGCAGAGCUACUGCUUUGUGGAAAUCGGUCAGUUCCCAGAGCUCUGAAGUACUAGCUCUUCGUAUAACCUGCAACAAUACCUCUGUAGCAGUUGCUAUGCAACUCAUUAGCGCUGUUACUGCGUCUCUGCAGCUCUGUAAUCAUAGCUCUUUAGCGAUAACCCUUUGACUCUGUGCAGUAGGUGUGCAUUGUAAAAAAAAAAAAAACAAAGAAAACAAGGAUCAUUAAAAAGUAGCAAUUCAAAGGCUAAGGGGGCAACACACAGUUAAAAGCAAAGAUGUAGCAAUCACUCUGUCUCCCCACCCCCUCAGCAUUUUGUUUUGUACUUGACAGCACUUUUGUACUUGACAAAAUAAUAAAAUAAAAAAUCAUUGGUAGGAUAUGCAAAGGCCGGAUUCAGUUUAAUUUGAUCCUUCUGGCGGGCCCCCUGGUGGUUGCAGCGGUUUGCACACAUGGAACACAAAGUUAGUCAUGUGUGGAGCACAUGUUGGACUGCGGGACAUGCAGUGGGAAAGGAGCUAUCGUUUGGGGUUUUCACACGAUGACAGCGCAGCGGGGGGGUCACAGGGGUCAGGAGCGGUGACCCCACUCUAUCUUUCAGGUUUCCAAAGGAAAUACUCAGCGCAAAUUGAACCUAAAACUGGGAUCUGUGGCCAGUGUUAAAAGGGAUACUUCACUUUCUGGGGUCUUUUUUCAGGAGGUCAAUUGCAGUGAAGGACAUUAUAAAUAUUUUUAGAAGUUUUUUAUGACAUACCAGUUUGCAAUGGCUGGCAUAGAACAUUUGGAGAUUUGUUGUCUAAAGCCAGAAAAUUUACUUCAAACUCCAAAGUAGUUUAUACAGCGAUACUACGGUUCAAGAUGAUGUACGUACUGCAUGUACUGAUUCAUUUUAUAGUGUUUAUUCACAAUUACUCAUGCAAAUGUGUUUUCAUAUUGAACCAGUAAGUCGUUCCCUGAGAACAGCAGUCUCCGGUUGCUAGGCAAUAGUCCCAACUGAAAACAAUAUUAAACUUACUUCUUUGAAUAAAUAACCGGUAUAAUUCAUAUGUACAACCUCUGGAGACAUAGCAUUCCUGUGCACGGUCCUUGGGAUUACUUGAACUGAAUUUUCUUACUUCAGACCAUAAAUCCCCCAAAUGCCCUAUACUGGUCAUUGGAAAGCUGUCAGGGAAUAUAAUAAUAAUAAUAACUCCUGGGAAUAUCUAAAAUAUCCUUGCUUUGGCACAAAAAAUAAAGGUCGCCGUUUGGA